CCUUAUGCUGCGUUUAAAGGAGGCUCAAGAAGACAAAGAUAUACUCAUACAGAAGGUUGCUCAACUUGAAUGUCUGGAGCAAAUAAAUCAAGCAGAGAUUAACCGUCUGGCGGAAACAGUAAAUAUCUUAGAACCUUGUGCGGUCCAAUUUCAAUGUCUCCAGGAUACAAGCCAAGCAGAAAUUAACCACCUGAAUGAAGAGCUGAAUAAACGUAAGCUUUAUUUAAACCAAGCUCAUCAAGACAAAGAUGAGCUAAGACAGAAGGUGGCCAGACUUGAACACAAUGAUAAGAUACUGCAGACAAAGAUCAUAAACCUAUUGGCAACAGUGCAGGAUUGUGAGGAAAGGGAGAACUCUCUGACCAAGCAGAAUAAGACCAUUAGUGAUGAACUAGCCAGGCUUGAAUCUCACACAGACAAAAUGCAGGCAGAGGACAAUAAUUUGUGGGCAGAAAUUCAAGAUCUGCAGGAAAAAGAGAAUAUCCUAACUGAGAAGAACCAGAGCCUGAGUGAUGAGGUGGCCCUCCUUGAAUCUCUGAAAGAGAAACAUCAAGUAAAGAUUGAACAUCUAUCUGAAGAAGUGCAUGAUCUUCAACGUCGAGUAAGAGAAGCUCAGUAUGUUUGCAAGGAUAAAGAUGAGGAAAUUAGCCUACAGAACCGGACUAAUGAUAAAUAUCUGACAGAAAUAAACAAACUGAGACUAGCACUGCAUGGUUCUCAGGAAAACGAAGUCUUUCUGAAGGAGCAGAAUGAGAGUGUCACCGAGAAGUUGGCUCCACUUGAGUCCCUGACAGUAAAACAAAAUGAGAAGAUUGAAAACCUGAAGAAAGAUCUGCAAGCUCUUCAGUACCAAGUAAAGGAUGCUGAGCAAAGCAUCUUUAUGAAGGAUGAGAUAAUAACUAAGCAAUCCCACAACCUUGCUUAUAAGAAUGAAGAUUUAGAGGAAAUUAACAACCUAAUAAGCAAUUUUAAACAAACAAUCUCUGAUCUUGAAGAGCAGCUAGAGACAAAGCAGGAGGAUGGGAUACUAGCUGGCGUUGAGAAUUUCCAAGAAGAAUAUAGGAUUGGAGCGAAGGAUAAAGACUCACCUGAUGAGCAGAGCAAUGAGAACCUCCCCGAGGCUACACUUGAGGAACAGAGUGGUGAGGACCCCUGCAGGACUACACCUGAGGAGAAAAACGAUGAGAUCAUCCUGGGGACUCCUGCUGCUCAGGCUGAGACCAGAAGCUGGUGGGGUCGCUGUACUAAAGGGACACUGAAAGCAUGUUGGCAUGUUGGCUUAAUCACUGGUGUUAUGGUUAUUGCCACCAUGGGUGUACUGACAAGCACAGGGAACGCCAACUGCAAUGCACACUGCAACUGCAACCUGUGGGACUAUGUCCACAGCCUGCUACAGCCGACCUGCAACGGCCUUCCCAGGCUGCCUUAUCCCUUCUGAACAGUGAAGGGUAACAUAUGUAUGUAUAAAUAUAAGUCAUGAAUAUGAAAUAUAUUCAUAAUUUAUAUUUAUUUAGCAGGGCAACAUGGUGGUGCAGUGGUGAUCACUGUCACCUAACAGGAGGAAAAAGGCAGAAGAGGUGCUUGCACGCCACGCAACAACAAAUGGAUCAUUGCAGUGAUGUCAGAAUCAGAAUCAGAAUCAAAAAUACUUUAUUGAUCCCCAAAGGGAAACUCUGUGUUGCAGUUGCACAAAUAGUAUAAAUAUCAGAGUAGAAAUAUAAAUAAAGAAAUAUAAGGAGUGGGGAUAUAUACGGCAUUUACAUAGUUAAAGGAAUGUUAUGAUACAGUAUUUACAUAAUUACCAUAAUUAAGAAGUUGCAAUGGUGAAAAGUAAUAAUCCAGCUACCAAUCCACACUCCGUACUAACCCUCCGGUUCCCAACCCAACUCCCUACGGACUGAGCUACUGCCACCCCGUGCAUGGGUUUGUUAUCUUGCACUCCUGAGUGCAAAUCAAGUUUCCCAUCUGGAAUGAUAAAAUGACUGCACUGGGCUGAUUGUAGUGUUUAGCCAAGGUACAAAACAUAUUUUGCAUAUUUUGCGAUGCAAUAUCUGUAUUUGUAGUGCAAUGUGACAGGUAUUGCAUGUAAAAUGAAGGUAAAUGGUAGAUUUUAUGGUGGUGUGAGGAAGAUGAGUUGGAGCCUGACGAAGAAUCAGCUUGUUCCAAUAAAUGUGGAAAAGUAGCACAUCACAAAUUCCAAGUCGAGAAGGACAAAAUACUCCCAAUACCCAUGUUGGCCUUUUCACUUUAGAGUGAUCUAAAGGGGGAUUCUAGAUCUACCUCUCAAUGAAUGGUCACAUUUAAGGUGUUGGGGGUUUGAAAACAUUACAAAAAAAAACAUUGAUCUCUGGGCCAGUUUCUUAAAACCUCACCUCUUCUAGUAACCAUCAUAAUUUUCUCAAUCCCACAGAACUUUUAUGAAGAGGGUAAACCAUGAUUUGCUUUACUAUAAUAUGUUACAGGGUGAUGAGGUGAGGACCCAAAUGCAGAGAGGAGGAGGAGGCAGGGGCAGGUAUACGGUACAAAAACAAAAAACAAUCCACAAGCAAAAACACAGACCAAGCAUCCAAGGGACAAUCCAAAAAGUCCACAAGUCCUAAAUCCACAGGGGUCCCGGGAACAAUGGCAAGGAAACAGAAAGGGAAACUUAUUGGGGAUACUGGGAGCAGGGACGGGA